CAGGCUGUAAGUCAUGUUGGGUUGGAAUGGGGGCAGAGGAAGGUGGGGCUGUUGGGGAGCCACGCUAAGCCGGGUGUCUGUAGCAGAGCCAGAGAACCGGGACAGUGAAGCGGGUGCUGAAGGGGGCGACUCUCAGGGAUCGGGCCAGGGCCCCCGAAGGUGGGAUCGACCAGGGUAGGAGCCAGAAAAAAAAAGGAGAGCAGCGGGUGGGGGCGAAAGCAGGGCCAGCGAGAGAGCACUUUGGAUAAAACCCGGCGGGGAAAGGGCGGCGCCGAGGCUGGUCAGGGGCGCCCCGCAGCGUCCCAGGCGCACCUGUUGGGAAGAAAGGAAGGGGCUUCCCGGUGUUCGAGGGAAAUCCAGUCCGGAGGGGCUGACUCGGAGCUUGGGACUCCCGGGGAGCCACCGCCUCCUCCCCAGCGGCGGUCAAAACCGGGCAAGCGAAGGGGCGUGACCCUGGUGCUCAGGUUUCUUCCUCCUCACCUGGGCAAGGAGGGGUGGGGGCCACGACUUCCGGUUCAGGGUCGCCGAGAGCGCCCGGAGAGAACCGCCUGGCCUUCGGGGACCGCUUUUGUCUGGAACCACCCUCCCGGCGUAUCCUAUUCCCUCUGCCGCGAGGCCAUCGCUUCACUGGAGGGGUCGAUUUGUGUGUAGUUUGGUGACAAGAUUUGCAUUCACCUGGCCUAAACCCUUUUUGUCUCUUUGGGUGACCGGAAAACUCCACCUCAAGUUUUCUUUUGUGGGGCUGCCCCCCAAGUGUCGUUUGUUUUACUGUAGGGUCUCCCGCCCGGCGCCCCCAGUGUUUUCUGAGGGCGGAAAUGGCCAACUCGGGCCUGCAGUUGCUGGGCUUCUCCAUGGCCCUGUUGGGCUGGGUGGGUCUGGUGGCCUGCACCGCCAUCCCGCAGUGGCAGAUGAGCUCCUAUGCGGGUGACAACAUCAUCACGGCCCAGGCCAUGUACAAGGGGCUGUGGAUGGACUGCGUCACGCAGAGCACGGGGAUGAUGAGCUGCAAAAUGUACGACUCGGUGCUCGCCCUGUCCGCGGCCUUGCAGGCCACUCGAGCCCUAAUGGUGGUCUCCCUGGUGCUGGGCUUCCUGGCCAUGUUUGUGGCCACGAUGGGCAUGAAGUGCACGCGCUGUGGAGGAGACGACAAAGUGAAGAAGGCCCGUAUAGCCAUGGGUGGAGGCAUAAUUUUCAUCGUGGCAGGUCUUGCCGCCUUGGUAGCUUGCUCCUGGUAUGGCCAUCAGAUUGUCACAGACUUUUAUAACCCUUUGAUCCCUACCAACAUUAAGUAUGAGUUUGGCCCUGCCAUCUUUAUUGGCUGGGCAGGGUCUGCCCUAGUCAUCCUGGGAGGUGCACUGCUCUCCUGUUCCUGUCCUGGGAAUGAGAGCAAGGCUGGGUACCGUGCACCCCGCUCUUACCCUAAGUCCAACUCUUCCAAGGAGUAUGUGUGACCUGGGAUCUCCUCGCCCCAGCCUGACAGGCUAUGGGAGUGUCUAGAUGCCUGAAAGGGCCUGGGGCUGAGCUCAGCCUGUGGGCAGGGUGCCAGACAAAGGCCUCCUGGUCACUGUCCCUGCACUCCAUGUAUAGUCUUCUUGGGUUGGAGUGGGGCUGUUGAUGGGAGAGACAAAAAGAGGGAGAGUGUGCUUUUUGUACAGUAAUAAAAAAUAAGUUUUGGGAAGCAGGCUUUUUUCCCUUCAGGGCCUCUGCUUUCCUCCCGUCCGGAUCCUUGCAGGGAGCUUGGAACCUUAGUGCACCUACUUCAGUUCAGAACACUUAGCACCCCACUGACUCCACUAACAAUUGACUAAAAGAUGCAGGUGCUAGUAUCUCGACAUCCAUUCCCACCCCCCUCUUAUUUAAAUAGCUACCAAAGUACUUCUUUUUUAAUAAAAAAAUAAAGAUUUUUAUUAGGUAUGGGGGUGUUCUACUCUCUCACAUUACCCCAUGUCUUCAUCCUACCUUCUGUCCUAAUGAGACGCUGCUUCCUGGCUCACAAGGCGGGGUUCCACAGACAAGGGGAACCAAGGUGGGGCAGAGACAGGGUAAGGCUAACACAAACAACAGAAAGAUGGUUCAGGGCCCAAAGUCUUCCCACGCCCCCUCCAAUUACAAUCUAAUCAAAUCUGGCCAGUCAAAUAUCCAGGUCGUCAUCUGGGUCUUCUUGGUCCAGGUCAUCAUAAGCAUCUGGCUCAUAAAAGAUGUGGCUGGUAGCCUGGUCUGGCCUAGGCCGAAGGAGAGCC